AUGAACAAGGCGGUAACUCCAUCAGAUUACUUCUCCGAUCUUCACUCGAUAGCCGCGAUUGGUCUGUCGCCAGUAUUAGUGGGGGUUAUUCUGGGCGUUUAUUCGCUCUGGUACUUGGCAAUCCCUGCAUCGAAAAAGCAGAGUCCCACUAGCCAACCACCUAUUGUCGGAUAUCGAAGCUUUUGGGAACCUACCUGGUUGGUGCGGCUUCGAUUUAUCCGGGGCAGCAGAAGGAUCAUUGGAGAGGGAUAUGAGCAAUUCAAAGACACCAUGUUCAAAGUGCGGCGAGUCGGGACCGAUGUUCUGCUCGUCUCCAGCAAAUACAUGGAUGAGAUUCGUACCUUGACCCGCGAUGCUACGGGGUCUGUGCCUCCUCUGGUCCAGGACUACCCUGGUGAAUAUACGCAUGGCAUGCCAUUCUUGCGAAGUGAUCUGCAAAACCGAGUCCUUCAACAGAAGCUUACUCCAAACCUACCCUCAUUGGUCCCAGUCAUGAUUGAGGAGCUAGAAUUAGCCAUGCAAAUGGAGAUGCCCAAGUGUGCUGACGAAUGGACUACGAUCGAUAUCAUGCCAAUUCUCUCGCGCAUAAUCACUCGCAUCACUUCCCGCAUCUUCCUCGGACCCAAAGAGGGCCGUAAUGAAGAGUGGCUUAGAGCCACCGUGGAAUACACCAAGAAUCUCUUCCUCACGGGCAUGGCACUGCGCUUCUUCCCCCGCUUUCUCAGGCCUCUUGUCGCACCACUGCUACCGUCCUACCACCAUCUAUGGCAGAAUGUGGCGACAUCUCGUCGCAUAGUCGGCGAGAUAGUACGCGAACGUAGAGAAAUCGAGGCUGCAAAGCCAUCAGACUACACGAAGCCUGCAGACAUCUUGCAAUGGAUGAUGGAUGCAGCCACGGGCCAGGAAGCAGAGCCUGAAGACUUGGCCCAGCGAAUGUUGAUUCUAAGCGUGACAUCCAUCCACACCACAACAUUAACCAUGACUCAAGCUAUCUACGAUCUCUGUGCGCACCCAGAAUAUUUGGACCCCCUUCGAGUUGAGGUGGUAGAUGUGCUACGUGCCGAAGGCGGCUGGGGCAAGUUGACGGUCAAUCACUUGCGCAAGAUGGAUAGUUUACUGAAAGAGUCGCAGCGUUUUAAUCCCAUUUUCCUGCUGACCUUUAACCGAAUUCUCCCCAAAUCAAUAACCCUCUCCAACGGAAUCUCCGUCCCAGUCGGCUCCCGCAUCGCGGUCCCAUCCAACGCCAUGUUGAACGAUCCCUCUAGAGUGCCAGGCGAUGCGCCAACUUCCUUCGACGCCUUCCGCUACUCACGGCUGCGCGAGCAACCUGGGAAUGCCCAACGACACCUCUUCGUCAUGACCGACUAUAACAAUCUGGCAUUUGGCCACGGGAAGUUUGCAUGUCCUGGCCGAUUCUAUGCUGCUAAUGAAAUGAAGAUGAUGCUGGCGCAUAUGCUCAUAUGCUACGAUAUGAGGUUUACUGAUGGGUGCGGUAGGCCUAGGAACUUCACUAUUGACUCGGAUAUGUAUCCUGAUCCUGCUACGCGGUUGCUUAUUAGGAAACGGUCUGGGGUUGAGGAGGGUAUGGAGGAGCUUUUGACGUCUGUUGCACGAGUGGCCCCUUGA